GGCAGGUACGCUAGCAUUAUCCUAUCCCGCUAUAUCCCGUUUGCGCAAAAUAUCGAACCUUAUUUUCAUGCGUUCUUAACUUCUUACUUUCGCUCGUCAUCUUUCCCCCUUCAAUUAAUUACAACGGUUGAACUGUAUCACGAUGUGGUGGGGGAAAGGAUCAGACAAAUCAGAAGCUUCGAAAGAUAAGCAGUCGGAAGCCCCGCCAGCGAAGGUCGAUCCUCGCAAAGAUGCUACACUAUUCGACCCCGACAAGCUUCCCGACAGACGGGAGCUACCGAAGAGUUUGCAGAAGAUCGUGGAUAAGUCAGACAGGGAUGACAAUUUCUUUGAUGAACUUGUAGAGGGAUAUGCGCCCGACUCCACCGAGUCCAACGUUCGAUAUGCCGCCUACGCGAACAGACUGCGAACCGUUAUGCUUUCGGCCCACCGAUACGUGGCGUAUACAUCAGACAUAGGAGAAUCUUUUCGUCCCGUCGCGCAUCCGUGGCUAGUAAGAAGCGCCUAUGGUAUAUCGUGGGCCUAUAUCUUAGGUGACGUUUCGUACGAAGGCUACAAGGCCUACUGGCAGAAUCAACGGACAUUGAACCCGCAAAUAGUGCUCUCGGCAAAGGCGCAGAAAGCUACUGGUCUCUCCCUGCCGGCAUCUGCGGACGCUCAGCCCGGCGUUGUAUCACCCCUGGAGGAUUACAGGACUGUCAUGGUUCAGCGAGGCAUAUUCCAGAGUAUCGCUUCCAUGGGACUUCCCGCAUUCACAAUCCACAGUGUGGUCAAAUACUCGAGCAAGGCCAUGAAGGACACAAAAAACAAGACGCUCAGAGUAUGGGGUCCCAUAGGACUCGGUCUCUCCGUCGUGCCAUUCUUGCCCACAUUAUUCGACAAGCCGGUUGAAAAUGCGGUUGAGUGGAUCUUCCAUAAAGGUUUCGCCGCAUAUGGCGGAAAGGAGUAUAUUGGCGAUUCCCCGGCAACAGGACGAGAAGCGGCUCUGACACACAGGCCAAAGGUGAGCACUAAGGAAAAGGAACUAUAAGGUCAUAGACGUUAGGAUAAAGGGUAGGACUCUCAUCGUUCCGGCGUAUGGACAUGGAUUAUCUCUACUUUUCGGCUGUGCUUAUUCUAUUUCACUGAAACCUGGAUUAAGGGUGGAAGAGA